AUGUUGAGAUACUUCACCCUCGCAGCUCCAGCUCUCGCAAGCGCAGCAGCGACUCCACCAUUUUGUCGUUCAACACCUUCAGAUACAUCAUGGCCUACAGCAUCCGAAUGGUCAUCUCUCAACGACACAAUCGGUGGGUCGUUGAUACGUACCGUACCUGUUGCAUCGUCCUGCUGGCCCGACAGCAACACCACCUUCACCUCCCCAUCCUCACUAUCCUGUCAAGAAGUCAACGACAAGUGGUCGAAUGGAACCUGGCAUUCCCAACAGCCCGAGUCGAUUGAUUACCAGCUGUAUGCGAAUAACUCUUGUCUGCCAGACGAGGUGAGCAGUUAUUCGAAACAGCAGGGAUGCAAAAUAGGUGCUUUGCCGCAGUACAUUGUCAAUACGACUCAAGAGGCCGAUGUGGCCGUUGCGAUGAAGUGGGCUGCUGAUCGCAAUAUUCGGAUUGUUGUCAAGGGGACGGGUCAUGACCUUAAUGGGAGAUCGAGCGGUGCUUUCUCACUGUCUAUCUGGACCCGCAGUUUCCGCAAUCUAACUCGUGAUACCGCCUGGAAGGUUGCCAAUAGCUCUUCACCAGCGGAAGACGUCUUCAUCGUCGGCAGCGGUCAGCAAUGGGGUAAUGUCCUCAAGUUUGCUACAAACCAAGGUCGAGUCGUAACAACAGGCCAGGACCCUAGUGUCGGUCUAGGCGGUUACAUUCAAGGCGGUGGCCAUGGUCCCCUAGCUUCAACCUACGGUCUUGCAUCAGCCCAGGUCCGUCAAAUGACCGUCGUAACGACAACCGGACGCGUCCUCAUCGCCAACGAAGUCCAGAACCAAGACCUUUUCUGGGCACUCCGUGGCGGCGGUGCAGGACAAUAUGGCGUUGUAACCGAGUACGUGAUCAAGCAUCAUCCGGCUCCGAGUAAUGUCGUCAUGGCAAGUGUCCAGAUAAAACCAAAAGGAAGCACAAAUGCCAGUAUGGAAGCAUCUUGGUCAGCAGUAGCCAGUUGGCUCAGUGCCUUACCCGACUUGAUGGACGCCGGACUCGCAGGUGCCGCAACCGUAGCAGUGGGAAGUACCGCACCGAAAUUCUUCCCAGACAUCGAAGUCUCAAACGGUCCAUUCACCGGCAUCGGUCUCAACCAAGUUUUCUGGGCAUUCAACACCACGCCCGCUGCCGUGGAAGCUCUCGUCCAGCCCAUCUUAACAAGACUCAUCGACUCGAAUACCAACAACACCAGCACAAACACCUCCCUAAUAUCAACCUCGAUGACAACAUCAACACACGCCAACUACACAUCUUUCUUCAGCGUCAUAUCCGGCGACAACGUCGCAGGCGGCGAGUCUCUAACAUCAUCCCGCCUCCUCGGCCGCGCCGAGCUCAUUUCCACACCCCACCAACGUGUCGUCUCCUACCUGAAAACCGCAAUGGCAAGCCAAAACACGACCGACCCUGGAAACUACGCCACAAUCGGCCUCUCGGGCGGACCCGGUGUACACUCCACUCCCACUCAACACUGGGGCGCCCUCCACCCAGGCUGGCGACACGCAUACCUGCAUUUCAUUGCCACGGGCGCCACUGUCAAUUCAAAACUUGCUGGUUCUGCAAAAAAGGCACUGGAAGUAGGAGCAGAGUGGCACAAGGCCGUUAAAGAGCCCAUGUGGGAGGAAUGGGCUCCAGGGUCGGGUGCGUAUAUGAACGAGGCUAAUCCUUUUGUUGCCGGAUUCCAGAAGGUGUUUUAUGGCGGGGGUGCUAAUUACGCGGCGUUGAGGGCGGUCAAGAGGAAGUAUGAUCCUAGCGAGAGUUUGUUUGUGCUUGCUGGUGUGGAGACGGAGAAGUGGGAGUAUGAUCUUGACAGUGGGAAGCUGUGUAGAUUCUAG